UCCUCCUCCUCCUCCUCCUUCCCUAACGCCCGCUGUUGUGAUGCGUAUUCCCGUAGACCCCAGCACCAGCAGGCGCUUCACACCUCCCUCCACGGCCUUCCCCUGCGGUAAGAUGGGAGAGAACAGCGGCGCCCUCAGCGCGCCCGUCCCGGGACCUCGCAGCCGGCCCGAGGCGCGCUCGGUGGUGGACGUCCUGGCCGAUCACCCGGGAGAGCUGGUGCGGACCGACAGCCCCAACUUCUUGUGCUCGGUGCUGCCUUCCCACUGGAGAUGCAACAAGACCCUCCCCGUGGCCUUCAAGGUGGUAGCCCUUGGAGACGUUCCUGAUGGGACGGUGGUAACGGUCAUGGCUGGUAAUGAUGAAAACUACUCGGCCGAGCUUCGGAAUGCUUCGGCUGUAAUGAAGAAUCAGGUGGCCAGGUUCAACGACCUUCGCUUUGUCGGACGGAGUGGCCGAGGAAAAAGCUUUACGUUGACCAUCACAGUCUUCACCAACCCUACUCAGGUUGCUACAUAUCACCGGGCGAUUAAAGUGACCGUUGAUGGGCCCCGGGAACCGAGAAGGCACAGGCAGAAAUUGGAAGAACAAACGAAAUUCCAAGAUCGUUAUGGAGACCUGGAAAGGCUUCGGCACUCUAUGAGGGUCACUCCGACGACCGCCAAUUCUCGGGGGUCCCUGGGUGCCCCAGGGCACUUUGGUACACAAGCUCAGAGCCAGAUUCAAGGUACCUCUGAACUCAGCCCCUUCUCUGACCCACGGCAGUUUGAUCGGUCCUUCUCUGCUCUACCAGGCCUUACCGAGACCCAGUUUCCAGACCCAAGAAUGCAUUACCCUGGCGCCAUGCCUGCGGCCUUCCCUUACACAGCGACACCAUCCGCUACAGGAAUCGGUGGCCUCAGUAUGACCAGCAUGCCAACAGCCACUAGGUUCCACCACACCUAUCUUCCCCCGCCGUACCCCAGCUCCACCCAAAACCAGAGUGGACCUUUCCAGACCAAUCCCUCCCCCUACCACUUGUACUAUGGUGCAUCCUCCGGGUCGUACCAGUUCUCCAUGGUGGCAGGAGGAGAGCGCUCGCCAACCCGGAUGCUGCCCUCUUGCCCGAGUGCCACAGCAGGAAACAACUUGAUCAAUCCCAGUCUCACCAGUCAGGCUGAUGGUGUGGAAGCAGACGGGAGCCAUAGUAACUCCCCGACAACCAUGACAACAACUGGGAGAAUGGACGAAGCUGUCUGGAGACCAUAUUGA